AGUCAGUGCCGUGCAGCACGACGCUCAGCAUGGCACCAGGAGCCCAACAAUGACGGAGACAGGAGUUCCAGAGAGGGGAGAUAUGGCCGAGAGGAGAGCUGGAGGCUGCGAUGCCACGACCCAUGUCCCUGGAGGACCGGUGAGGGAGGACGCAACCACAGCACAAGAUGCACCACCUUUCAAGGAGGUUUCAGCUUUCAGGAUAGCACUGCCUCAGGUUCUGGCGAGCACAGCGAAAAAUAUGCUGCUGCUAGACCUCGGAAUGACGAUAGCCUUCUCAACGAUUGUGAUACCCGCCCUGAGAGGGGGCAAUGAUCCCAAGGGCUUGUCUUUCACCCCAGAGGAGGCUUCUUGGUUCAGUAGCAUCCUGUUCUUGUGCCAACCCCUCGGCAGCGUGCUCUCUGGCGUCAUCUUGGAGCCUCUUGGACGGAAGUACGCCAUGAUGGUCGUCAACUUGCCCCAUCUGCUGGGAUGGUUCCUCCUUUACACAGCUGCCAACAAAGUAACGCUGUACUCUGCAGCAAUCAUUAUGGGACUUGGUGUUGGAUUCAUGGAAGCCCCAAUCAUCACCUACGUCGGGGAGAUCGCCCAACCACGCCUCCGAGGAACACUCACCUCUUACGCUAACCUCUUCGCGUCCUUCGGUAUGAACUUCAUCUUCAUCUUGGGCACCCUGGUCACCUGGAGGAUAGCCGCUGCCAUUUGCCUUGCCGUCCCUAUCGUCACUAUUCUCGCCAUAAGUCAGGUUCCGGAAACACCUGUAUGGUUAAUGUCUAGAGGAAGGCUCAAAGAGGCUGAAAAUGCUCUCUGCUGGUUGAGAGGAUGGGUGACCCCAGAACACGUGAAGAAGGAGUUUGAUGAACUCACAAGGUACACAGAAAGAACUAAACUUAGAAAAAUCAAGGGUGUUGUUAAUCCUGCAUUCACUGGAGAUGAUGAUACAGUAGGCCAGCAAACAGAAAAAGAAUUUGAGGAAUUGACAAUGAAAGAAAAAAUAAAAGACUUUUUACGUCCUAGUAUGCUGAAACCUUUGGGAUUAAUUGUGGGUUUUUUUGUCUUUGCCAACUUUACAGGAAUUACUGCCACUAGGCCUUACAUGGUCCUGAUAGCAAGAGACUACAACAUGCCAUUGGAAGCUUAUAAAGCAACGGUUGUGUUUGGAACUGUUGGAUUCGCAGGUUCAGUAUCUUGUAUGCUAACAGUAGCGAAGUUUAAGAAAAGACCAAUAGCUCUGUUCUCGAUGCUCGUAGCUGGGACAGCAGCCAGUUCUCUCUGUUUUAUCUCACACCCUUGGAUCUCUUUUUUCUCUUAUAUGGCUCUAGCUUUCUCAACUAGCUACGGAGCGCAAGGUUUGGUCUGGGGUCUCGUUAGUGAAGUUUUUCCAUUCAGAGGAAGGAGCAUGGCAAGUGGUCUCUCAGCAGCUUCCUCCUACCUAAUUAGCUUCACUGCAACCAAAUCAUUUCAGAGUCUAGAAGAGCUUUUUGGACUUCGCGGAUUAUUCAUGUUUUACUCAACAAUGUCAUUCAUCGGAUUUUUCUUCCUAUAUUUUAUGAUGCCUGAGACAGAAGGCCGGCCACUAGAAGAUAUACAAAAACAUUACGAAAAAAAUAAAAGUAAAUCUACAGCUGAUGUAAAAUCGGAUAACAUAGUGUAAGAUUAUAUGUUUUCUUCCUAACAAACCGUCCAAAAUAUAUGUUUUUAUGAUAUUUAUUAAUUGUUAGAAUAGCUUUAAAUCAAAAAUGUGAUAUCAGGGACAUUCGAAACAUUACAAUGUUAUGUGUAUCCCAAGUUUAUGCAAAUUCACUAAAACAAUGUAAGAAUUCCCUAAACUAAAGAUGAAAAUAACAUAUCAUAGAACUAUAUUUUAUAUGAUAGCCAAAACUAAAGGCUAAAGUAUUAUAUGCAAUUUUCAAUUACAGCUAGAGCUUAUUUUUAAGAUAGUUUUAUAUAAAGCUGAAUUCUAAUCAAUAUUUUUAUACAUAAAAAAAAUAUAUCCCUCAUACUUUUUUUAACUGAAAGUGGACUGAGAUAAAGAAUACAUUAGUGAUCUCAGAUGACAGUAUUCUUUGAACAUUUUAUGUCUUUUACCGAAAUUAAUAAAAUUUCAAAAUAAGAUUCUAUAUUUUAUACAAUGUAAUACAUAAAAUAAAUCUGUAUAAUAUUAAAUUG